AUGAAUAGAAAGAAAGUGAGGCUUGCUCUGAUUGAAAGUGACACUGAGAGGAAAGCCUCAUAUAAGAAAAGAAAGACAGGGUUCUUGAAAAAGGCUCAAGAACUCAACACCCUUUGUGAUGUAGAAAUUGCUACCAUCGUCUAUAGUACUUACCACAAUGAACCUGAGGUGUAUCCAUCUCAUGGUGCUGCUAUGACUACCAUUAAAAAGUUUAGGGAGCUGCCUGUGACGGAGCAAACAAGAAACAUGGUGACACAAGAAGAUUUCACUAAGCAACGAAUCAAGAAGUUGGAGAACCAAAUUAGAAAGGUAAGUAAAGAGAACAGGAUCAAAGAAUUCACUAACAAAAUGUAUGACAUAUUGGGUGGAAAAGAUAUUCCUACUGAUAUGCACCUUUAUGAUCUCAAUGAUCUGAAGUAUGUGAUCAACCAAAACCUGAAUCAAGUACAUGAAGCGAUGAAACUGAAGGCAGGCAGAGAGGGUCCCACAUCAAAUGACCCUCAACCAGGAUCGGCGGUUCCUGGUGGGACCAACUUCGAGGGGCCAAGGGUUCCUCUGUUGGUCUCUCAUGUGGCUCCAGCGAUGGUUCCUAGUGAGACCAACUUAGAAGGCCCGAGGGAUCCUCUGUUGGUCCCUCAUGUGGCUCCAAUGUCGGUGGUUCCUCCAGUGGCUCCAACGGUGGUUCCUUCAUCCACUCCUCCUCAAGUGUCACUACUAAUGUUUCAUCCGGUGGCUACUUCGUGGGUUCCUCCUAUAAGCCCGUUGUGGGUUCCUCCUCCUUCUCCAGCUCCCCUAUUCUCUUCACAAUUGUUUCUCUCAAUGGUUCCACCAUUGUAUCCUUCGAUUCCUCAACAAAUGGCUCUUAGAAGGGCUCCUAGAGCGGCCCCUCCAAUGUCUCCAACAAUGACUUCUGCGUUGUCUUCUUCUAUGUUUCCACCAAUGACACCACCAAUGGCCCCUUCAAUGAAUAUUCACUCCAUGGAAUCAAUGCCGAUGAGUAGUUACCAAAAUUAUUCCUAUGACAUUCCACAGAGUUCUGAAUUAUCUGAGAUGUUGUACUGGGAUGAUGAUGUGAUGGCUUUUCUUGAUGAUCCAUCUUUUGACGACACUAAUGUUCAAGAUCCAAACCACAACAAUGAUAUCUAA